GCGCGUGCGUGGGGGUCACGGUGGGCGGUGCAAAGUUGGCGCAGGCGCGGUGGUUGCGCAGUGAGGGGCUGGCUGCGCGGGGCGGGGGUCGCGGGGGGCGUCGCGUCCCCGUGCGGUGCCCGCGAUGAGCGCGGCCGAGCGCCCCGCGGCCCCGGGCCCCGCCGGCCGCACGGAACCCGGCCUGUUCGCAUGGCUGCGCGGGCGCUGCCUGGGCCGCGGCGCUGCCGUGGACCCGGCGCGGGACACGUUCCGCGCCACCACGGCGCUGUACGGCUCCAUCCAGCCCGCCGACUCCGUGUACCUCAGCACCAGGACGCACGGCGCCGUCUUCAACCUCGAGUAUUCGCCCGACGGGUCGGUGUUGACUGUUGCAUGUGAACAGACUGAAGUGCUGCUUUUUGACCCAGUGUCUUCAAAGCACAUCAAAACUCUCUCUGAAGCUCACGAAGACUGUGUAAAUAAUAUCAGGUUUCUAGAUAAUCGACUGUUUGCGACUUGUUCUGAUGACACUACAAUAGCACUUUGGGAUUUGCGAAAACUGAACACAAAAGUGUGCACUUUACAUGGUCACACCAGCUGGGUUAAGAACAUCGAGUAUGACACCAAUACGAGAUUGCUGGUGACGUCAGGGUUUGAUGGAAAUGUGAUCAUCUGGGACACAAACAGGUGCACUGAAGAUGGAUGUCCUCACAAGAAGUUUUUUCACACCCGUUUUCUUAUGCGAAUGAGGCUGACACCAGACUGUUCCAAAAUGUUGAUCUCGACCUCGUCUGGAUAUCUUCUGAUUUUGCAUGACCUCGACCUAAACAAAUCUCUAGAGGUUGGCAGCUACCCAAUUUUAAGAGCCAGAAGGACUACAUCAAGUUCAGACAUAACGUCAUCAGGUUCCUCUGGUCCUCGAAGUGUUAGUUCACUGUGUCACCAGAAUGAUUCAGGUCUGCUGUCUGAGAAACACAUGUCACGAUCCUCCCAGAGAGAAGGUGGAUCUCCUAGAAAUAGUUUGGAGGUCCUAACACCAGAGGUUCCUGGGGAAAGAGAUCGAGGCAAUUGCAUUACAUCACUACAGCUGCAUCCCAAAGGAUGGGCUACACUUCUUCGGUGCUCAAGUAAUACAGAUGACCAGGAGUGGACUUGUGUGUAUGAAUUCCAGGAAGGAGCCCCUGUGCGCCCGGUCUCACCACGUUGUUCCCUGCGAUUGACUCAUUGCAUUGAAGAAGCCAAUGUGGGCCGGGGCUACAUCAAAGAACUCUGCUUCAGUCCCGAUGGCCGGAUGAUUUCAUCCCCGCAUGGCUUUGGGAUCCGCUUGCUGGGAUUCGAUGCACACUGCAGCGAACUCGUUGACUGUUUGCCCAAAGAAGCCAGUCCCCUGAAAGAAAUCCGUUCCCUGUACUCUCACAACGACGUGGUACUGACAACCAAGUUUUCUCCAACACACUGUCAGAUUGCCUCGGGGUGCCUUAGUGGACGCGUUUCUCUCUAUCAGCCAAAGUUCUAGGCACAUCUUUCAUCAACAGGACCUUCAGAUGUUUGUGGUUUUUACUUCAGUUUAGUUGAAGUGUGUUCUUUUGGAAGUCUCUGAUAAGGUCAUAGUUACUAUGAUCUCUCAACACAGCAGUGGAACAGGUUUCUGGCACAGCACUGUAUGUGUUCUCGUGCCGCAUCCACAAGUCUGCUUCCCUGCGCUGUGUUUUCAGCCUUCCAAGCAGACCUCUGCUCCUGCUGAUCCUGUGCCACUGAGUUGUUGUUCUGGUUUGUUUGUACCAUAAUUUCCUUCAGUGCAGCUUGAAGUGGGCUAUUUGAAACAAACAUAGAAGGGGGGCAGGGGUAGCAGUUCAUCCCAGGCUCACCCUGGCUGCCUGGGUACAGCACCUCCUUAUUCCAAAGGAGCUAGACUUUUUCGCAUAUGCUUCCUUGGCCUUUUUUGUUGCUGGAACUGCUCUAUGGUGGUUUUCAUUUAUAUUAAUUUGGUUGUUUGUGACUGUCGAGAAAAAUGAGUCAACUUCUCAGUGUUUUGCUGUAGUUAGAACACCUCAUUUUCUAAGAUUGCAUACCUUGUGUUCAGUGCCAGAAGGAAGAGAUUGUGGAUGGAGACAUAGCUGCAUUUUUUCCCCCAGAGAAUUUAAUAGGAAAAGACUGGGUCUAGGGAAGCAGAAGCUGAAUGGGCAAAGACAUUCCCCAGUAACUACUGCAGGCCAACAGUUUUAAUGUCCAUACGAUGACAGUGUCCUGGGUCGGACUUUCUUGGGCAGCUUUGACUCUUCAGCCACCAGCUAGUAUAGGAUGUGUUUGUAGUGUCAGCACAUGAGCCUCUCUUUAAAUGUACUGUCAGCGUGGGAACAGACUAGAAGCAUGCCUGUCUGCAGUAAGAUCUCGUUGCAUUUAAACUGGGCUUAUUGUAAGAUUUGAAACACAUUAAUGUUCACCAAAAAAAAAAAAAUCACGUGUUCAUUAUGAUUGCCACCAUUUACCUCUCUAGUUAAUAUAGGUAACCUUGUAAAUGCAGCUAAUUCAGUCUUGUGCAUCCAUAUCGAUUUAAAACAUUCUCAUCUCUUACACAUUCAGAUCUUUUUUUUUUCCUCCAGUGUUUCAUUAAGGCCUUGCUGACAAAUCACACACCGAAUUCAACAGGAGACUUUAUCUGAAAAGGACUGCUGUAUUUUGGUGUUCAGAUUCACUGUCUCUGGCUCAACAGAACAUGCUUUGUAAUGUUGACUCUUAUAAAGCCUUUUGCAAAAAUAUGUGUUUGGGGAAAAAAACGACAUCUGUGAAGAUGAGAUAGCUGGAAGUGCAGGAGCCUGAUGAUCCUCCUGUAGUUUUGGAUUUCUUGUAGGUAGCAUGCUCUGGGUGUUGGUGGAGAAGACGUUGAAACUUAGAGCUUUUCUACAUUAUGAGAGAAAGAAUCCCGAGUUUCCUUUCUUGAAGAACUUUGUUAGUAAUACGAGCCUUCAAUAUUGUGUUGUAUUCUAGUAGUCAGGAAUGCGCAGCUGAAAGACUUACUGCUCUUUGGUUCAAGUCCUAAACUCUCUCUUCUCAUGGGUGUUUAACAGAAUUAUUUGGUUGAGGGCCUCUCAGUAGAACAUCAUCCCAGCUGGAAGAGAAAGAAUAUUUUUUUAAAUAGAUGUAUUCAGUUAACAUAAAAUGCAAAUAAGUGGCCACAGUCAUCUCAGAGAGCAGCUCACAGACUAAAGCGUUCUUUAGUAUCUUCUGAGUAGUUCUGUUGUUGCUGGAACUGUUGUCUUGAACUGAAAAGCAGACUGAUGAAAUCGUAAAUGAAUGGCUGUCCCCUGUUUCUAAAACACUGACUCUUGAAUUCAAACACUUGUACCUUUUGAAUGCUUUUGGAACUGUAUGCAUGGAACACAAUUCAUAAAAAGGAAUUUUUUCACUUUAUGUGGCCUAAGCUGUGAAAAAUGGGGGCUAAUGAGUAAAUAAAUGAAGACUGCAGGCAUACCAGGGACCUGUCAGAAAAACAUCUCUGUCAUUCGCACCCAGCUCCUGGUGCAUGGGUGUGAUGGGCUGUGACCGUGCCCCUGCCCCUGGAGCAGCUCGGGUUGAUUAGGUGUUAAACAGCUGUGGGGGGCUUGGACUGGGACUGAAAGUGGUGGAAAUGAAACAUGCAGGAAACUUGGGGACAAAUAAGGAGCAAAGAAGGAGCUAAGCUACAAGGGGAUUUUAACUGGCCAUGCUGUUUGCAAAAGAACCGCAGCAGCGUGUGGCAAAACUUGGGGAUUCUGUGUUUUUUGAUAUAAGUCCAGUGGAAAUGCUAAGUUUCCUGUUCCUGGAUUUUUGUGAAUCUGAGUGCAGCAUGUCUGUAUGAACUCUCAUGUUUCCCUGCACUCCCUUCUGUUAGAAGUUAUGGGCUAUUAGUAAUGCACAAACAGGCUCUCCAUGUCCCGGCACCAGGCCACGAUGGCUCUUCCCGCAAGUACUCACUCUUCCUGCUCCAGGCAGCUAUUUUCCCACCUUUAGUGUUCUACUGAACAUCACUGAAAGGACUACAGUAACAUCUGGAAACCUUAAACACUUUUCUUGCAAACUUGAGCUGUGUUUAGUUUGGAGGCUGUCGCAAUGCAGCAUCUCUUCCCAGUGUGAUGAAGAAGCACCCAUGAAAUCAAAGCUGUGCAUGGGGCUGUGUGUUUGUAUGUUUGUUUCCGUGGGUGGUUGUGGUUUUCCCCAUCAGAAAUUCCUUGAGCUGGUAGAUGACUCAUGAUUUUAAUUCUAUGCCUGUUAAUAUGCACUGAGUGUUACUUUUUUGAUUCUACCUCACAAUGUGCUGUUUUUCACAAGAGCUUUGUGCUGAAACGCUGGACGCUGACUUUUCUGCGUAACAAGCCAUCGCUCCAAAGCGUGACGUAUGUUCACAUCCAGAUGCUGCCGCAGCACCCAACGCCGAGCAGGAGCGUGGGCUGGUGCUGCAGUCUGACCUGGGUAAGGCUCUGAUGAACUGUUGGUGCUUUUGUUGCCUGUCCCACAGAUGCAUGUUAGGAUGGAUUCUGUCCGUGGACGCUGUAGAAGUGUUACAUAGUUCUUCUGAUUAUGGUUGUAGUAAGUUUGAAUUAGAAUAAGUAGGUUGUCCUAGAUUUUAUUUGUUUACUCCUUUUUGACAAUACUUGGACAUUUUCCAUCAACGUAAACCUAUUUUACCUAUGAUGUUCACAUAAUACUGAAACACUAUUUGGUAGUUUAUAACUGAUACGCCUUGCAGUUGCGUGUUGGUGGAAGGAGUGGUUUUCAGUUGUCUUUCUGAAUAAUAUUACCAUGCCUUAUUGAAAUAAUGAAGUAAUUUGUUGGUGAACUUUGAAUUAUUUCUAGCUAGUGAAAAAAAAGUUUAUCUUCCUGUUAUGUUUGAAAAUAUUAACUCUUAACCUUCCAGAAUUAUAUCAAGUUGAGACAAAUAUAAGAAAAUAUUUCAAGUGGUAGGUGAAAGACUGUGCUAACAGUAGAGCUGCGUAUAGUGGAGGUUUCUCUAAACAGGUUUGCUUUCAACCACUCAAGCGUUGCAUCACUUGAUAAAUUUUGCAGUGUAUCUGCUGAGGGCAGAGCUCUGUUGGACUGUGAAGCAUGCAGUGUGUUUUUUAAAUGCAUGGUUUCAUAUUCAUUAACUUCUGUAGGCAUACAACUCUUCCGUUCACAGCAUGGCAGAUCAGCAGAAGCAGGUAAAUUGUGUGGUUAAGGUGUCUGUAGGAUUGUCGAUGUAUAACAGCACCUACAGGAACCAAACUAGUGUUUGAAGCCAGUAAUCCUUUCAUAACAGUCCGGAGAACAUGUGUUGUGGGAGUAAAUGCAUUUUCUGAGUAUUCUAUUAGAGAUCAGUUUGUAAGUCACUGCAGUGCAGUUCGACGCUUGUGGGGAGGGGAGAAGGACAUUAACGGGACUGUCCAGUGGCACUUGUGUGUGCGUGUGCUGUCUUUGUGUGAGGGUGUGUGUAUUUCAGUGUAUUUAAGUUCAGGGAAACAUGUCACCUCCACACACAACUUUUGGGGAUAGGAGGACAAGUGGUGCAGGCAGACACACACACUCAUGCUUUUCUUUGCACUCUUGGAGUCUUGGGAAGGACGCUUUAGUUGCCUACUUCUACCAGAAUUAGAAUGUAAACAUCAGGUUUUCUUGGGUUCUGGGGGGGUGGUUGAUUUUGAUGGGGAUAUUUGCUUGGUUCGUUGGUGUGUUUUUGUUUUUAAAUUUGGGUAACACAUGUGGAGAAGAUCCUGAUACCAUAAAAAAUGGGUCUGUUGCUCUAUGGAAUGUGAACUCCUGGGAAAAGGAAAUAGACUUGCCAAAUGAAAGCUUAUAAAAAAAUAUAGUUUAGAAGAUUCUUAAAAGUUGGAGUAAAAGGAAAAAGUCAACAGCCCAUAAUAUUUUUGUCCUGCAGGAAAAAAAAUGAAACUUCUCAUUUCCUGAUCUUAGUCAAAGGUGCAUUUUCUAAAGCACUAAGUAUCUUCAGUUAAGUAUAAGGUUUUUAAUACAAGAACAAAUUGUGCAUGUAGAAUAUUUUGAAAUACCUGAGAUUUCAUAGGAAAAAUUGUAGCCUUUUAAUACAAUAUAGAAAUAUCAGAACUGCUCUGAAAAUAUUGUACUUACAGCCGUACAGUAACUUACUGUUUGUGGACAGUUUCUCUUGCUUGCAUAAUAAAUUAAACAUUUAAUAAUUCAAUGAAUUAAAAUCUAUUUUACUGUA